GACAGAUUUUCAGGUUAUAACCACAGUAUCUUUAAUGACAUCAGACACUGUAGCACAGCAUACACAGGCUUGGGCCUGGUCACAGAGGUACAUAGAGAAUAUAAACAGACAAACAUAAAAGGUCCUAGCAAUUCCCGUACUGAAAAGUAACUCUGCUGCAGUGGCUUGCAGCUACACAUACCAUGGUCUCCUGGCACGGCCAAUGUUAUAUUAUAUCUGAUUACUGUGUUAAGUUAUGAUUUUAAUAUUUUAAAAUUAAAUCUCACCUUUCACAGAGACAUGGAUGCAAACCGUGAAUUCUGGGCUGGAUUCAUCGAUCUCUACCAGGCCAAUGAGUGCUUGUGGCGUGUGGGAACAAGGGAUUACGCCAACAGAGGAAAGAAAAAUCUGGCAUACCAGCAAUUGGCCAGGUACAGCCUUGCCCAAGAUAGUGGUGCCGACAUCAAGUGGGUGAAGAGGAAGAUCCAGAAUCUGAGGACAGUAUUUCUUAAGGAGCACAGGAAAUACAAAGAUUCCCAACGUUCAGGAGCGGGGUCAGAUCAAGUCAAGAAGCCAACAUUAUGGUAUUAUGACUUGAUGAAGUUCGUAUUGGAUGAGGAGCCUUCGAGGACAGCGCGGAGCACGGAGGAGCCGAACACGCCCGAGAUGUUCGAGCCUGAGGAAGAGGAGAGUGUGGAUCCGCUGUCUUCGAGGGAGCUGGACGUGGAACCUGCAGUGGAUGAGCCGGCAGACCAAGCCACUGUAAGGCCGGAGCUGGAGGAGAGUGAGGCGGCGAUGGGAACACCCCAGCUUCCGGCUAGAAGGAGAUGCCGGCCAGCUAUCCCUAGAAGAUCUGUCUCGUCCAGCAGGUCAGAUACAAUUCUGAGGCAGGCAGAGGAGGUCCUAAAAAACAGACCGGAUAGAUUUGAAGCUAUUGGAGACCAUUUAGCAUGUGAGUUGCGGGAGAUGAACCCCACUCAGCAAAAAUACGCCCAGCAUCUGGUAUAUGCCAUUAUAUCACAUGGCCAGGAUGAUGAAUUGACCAACCACAGUGGCGUUGUGUUAGAUACCAGACAGGUGCCUAGUACAUCUUAUGCCCCUCCCCCAACUCACCCUCCCAUGUAUUCUGCGCCGGUAAUUCCUCCUCAACAAUACCCCACAUAUCCUGCUCCGGGUUACCAAAUGCCACAAUCCCCCUUCCCUGGCACCUCUUCAGGUGGAGUGUUCACCACUCUGUUGAGUGCACACUCCACUGUUCAAGGCGACCUAAAUUUUUAAUAAAAAUGUUUUUGAAUUUUUGAAUUUGCGUUUAGGUUUGCUGUCUUCAGAUUUGUAUUUGACCUUCCUCAUCCAAUAUGUUUUUUCUUGAAGUCAAUUGUACCAUAAUGUUGGUUUUCUACACUUCAUUUGACCCUGUAAUAGAACGUUGGGAAUGCUUUUAUUUCAUGUGCACUUUUGAAAUACUGUCCUCAGAUUCUUUUACCUCUACUUCAUCCCCAGUUAUGUUGGCACCACUGUUUUUGCUGCACUGUAUCUGGCUAAUUGUUGGAAUGCCUGAUGCCUCUAUUGGUGUAAUCCCUGCUGUCAUGGCACUCAUUGGCACAAAAAUCGAUGAAUCCAGCCCAGAAUGUUUCUAAUUUAUUAUUUUUCUAAAAUUUAUAAUUACAAAUUGUUACUAAAAAUUGUGUGGAGUCUUUAUUUAUGGGUAGUGCUAAAAGGUUUACCAGGUAUACACUGCACCAAACAAACUACAGAGUAGAUAUGCAGUGAUUUUAAAUGGAUGCUGUUAUUUAUUGUACAAAGAAGACCUGCCCACAUUCCUAAAA